CGUCCCGGCCAUGCACUCUGCUCCCCGCCGCGGCGGCUCUCUGGAGGCGGCCCUGUGUCCGCGGGAGGCCGCCGGCCAGUUAAAUAAAUCAAAUUAUGUGAUGAUUGAAGAUAAUAAAGAGAAUGAAGACCAUGCAUCUGAAAGAGGAAGAACAGCCAUCAUUUUUUCCUUGAAGAAUGAAGUUGGAGGUCUUGUGAAAGCAUUAAAACUCUUUCAGGAGAAGCAUGUCAAUCUGGUACACAUUGAGUCACGGAAGUCCAAGAGACGAAAUUCUGAGUUUGAGAUCUUUGUGGACUGUGACAGUAACAGUGAACAACUGAAUGAGAUCUUCCAGCUCCUGAAAUCCCAUGUCAAUGUUGUCUCUAUGAACCCAACAGAGCACUUCAAUGUCCAGGAAGAUGACAUGGAGAAUGUUCCCUGGUUUCCAAAGAAGAUCUCAGAUUUGGAUAAGUGUGCAAACCGAGUGCUGAUGUAUGGUUCCGAUUUGGAUGCUGACCAUCCAGGUUUCAAAGACAAUGUCUAUCGUAAGAGGCGAAAGUAUUUUGCAGACCUCGCUAUGCACUACAAACAUGGUGACCCAAUUCCCAAGAUUGAAUUCACCGAAGAGGAGAUCAAGACCUGGGGGACUGUCUACCGAGAGCUUAACAAGCUUUACCCAACUCAUGCCUGCAGAGAGUAUCUUAAAAACUUACCCUUGCUCACCAAAUACUGUGGGUACAGGGAAGACAAUAUACCCCAGCUAGAAGAUGUGUCCCGCUUCCUGAAAGAGCGCACAGGUUUCAUCAUCCGCCCUGUUGCUGGAUAUCUGUCACCCAGAGACUUCUUGGCAGGAUUAGCAUUCAGAGUUUUUCACUGCACUCAAUAUGUUAGACACAGCUCGGACCCUCUCUAUACACCAGAACCUGAUACCUGCCAUGAGCUCCUAGGUCAUGUCCCUCUUUUGGCUGAACCCAGUUUUGCUCAGUUCUCCCAGGAAAUUGGUCUUGCAUCACUCGGGGCAUCAGACGAGGCUGUUCAAAAACUGGCAACAUGCUACUUCUUCACUGUAGAGUUUGGCUUGUGCAAGCAAGAGGGACAGCUACGAGUUUAUGGGGCUGGCUUGCUUUCUUCGAUUAGUGAACUCAGGCACUCACUCUCUGGUGGUGCCAAAGUCAAGCCUUUUGAUCCAAAGGUCACCUGCAAGCAAGAAUGCCUCAUAACAACUUUCCAGGAGGUUUACUUUGUUUCUGAAAGUUUUGAAGAAGCAAAGGAAAAGAUGAGGGAGUUUGCAAAAACCAUCAAGCGUCCAUUUGGUGUGAAGUACAAUCCAUAUACUCAAAGUGUGCAGAUCCUGAAAGACACGAAAAGCAUUGCCAGCGUGGUGAAUGAGCUACGUCAUGAGCUGGACGUUGUCAGUGAUGCCCUUAGCAAGAUGGGCAAGCAGCUGGAAGUUUAACAUUCCUGUCAGCAGUGUGGUGCUGCACUCUUUAUUUUCCCUAUUGUUUUAUUUUUAGGCAUGUAAUGGGUAGAACUCUCUCAUUUACAAAUGGAAGGGUGAAUGGCCCAUAAGGAUAAUAACUUUACCUUGUUUCUCUGUGUAGAGUCCCUUACAGAAUGUAUUCCUCCCUCCCCCUUGGAUAAAAAAGGCCUGGAGUUGCCUUUGAGAAGCUGGUGGGGAGGAGAGAAAUUGCUAGACUGGAAAAAAAAGUGUGGUCUGUGGAUCAAGGCUAGGAUCAGAUGGUGCAGAAAGUAGCUUAUGAGACAAUAAUAGAGUGAUUUGCCACAGAGAAAAAGUCAGUUUCUGACUCUAGUACUAUAAUACUAAUUUUAUAGCAUUGCAGGCUUUGUAGCAUAGAAGCUAUAGUAAUCAGUGCUUCUAAGUCUGUGGUACUAAGUUUAAAACUUGAAUGAUUAAGACGCAGACAUCAGAACACAAACAGCUGGAGGUUCACCAUGAUAAAAUUGAGGGAUUGAAUCUUGCAUUUAGAGGGAUUGUUCUUGCCCCCAAAGAAUUGCAGAUGCUUCUAAUGUAAGGCAGAGAUACAGAGCUGUUGCAUGAAAUCCUAAGCCUGUUUAUUUUGGGAUAUUUACUGUUGGCUCAGAGAGCCAGGAUUUUUAUUGCUGUCCUUGAUAUUGCACCUGAGGGAAGAUCUUUCAUUACAGAAAUAUAAUUUGCCCUUUUUUUUUGAUUGAAUUAAUUUAGCAAAAAAUACCAUCAGGUACUGACUUAGCACAAACUAUUUCCAAAUUACAAUUUAAUAUUAAAAAUAAUUUCAUUGAUUCUAAAAUAACACCAGAGUUUGAAAUGACGGCCGGAGUUCAUAGCCUAGUCUGCCUUUUGUAAGAAUAAGUAUCUUCUUGAUUGCUUAGUCACUUUAUUGACCUGCAGAGUCAAAGAUGUGUUCCGUUUCUUCUUUAAACCAGAACACCUUCAUUCCCUAUCAAGCAAAUGAUAACUGAAAAGCCCAAGCAUUUCACAGAAAUUGUAAAAGCCCAAGAAUUUCACAGGCAUUGUGUGGCUAUGAAUGUAGUAACAAUCUACCUUGUAGCAGAAAGUAUAUCUAAUUCCACAGAGCACUUUACAAGUGGUGGGAAGCAGUGUCCUUCUGAAUUGCCUGUAUCCCAUAGUAGCAAACUUCACAGUUUUUAGGGCCCCACUGUUUCAGGUGCACAAAGCUGUGAACAGCUGCACAAAGCUGUGCCAGCUACUGUUUCUGCUGAUCCUGCUGAUGGAAAUAAGUAUGUGUACAGGAUAUAAUACCUUUGAAUGGAAGACCUGUGAUGUGAAGGGUGUAUUAAAUAGCAAGCUAAGCACUGAUUCUUCAUAGGCGUAUCAGGAAAUCCAGAAUUUGCAGCUGUGAAGGUUGCUGGGAAAAUGGGCUGAAAUCUUGACUACGCUGUAAGUGCUAGUCCAGGAUUUUGAGAACUUGAAAGGACUUUCAUGAACCUCUAUGCUUGGAAAUCAGUUCAAGUUUUGUACGCUUUCUAGCAGGCCACAUCUGUUCCAUAAGCAAUCACUGGUCCAAGUAUAUUCACUGUUUAAAUCGAGUCUAGGUUACUUUUUUUCCUGUGUCUGUUAACACAUGUAACUCUUAAAAAGAACAAGAUGUAGAAAUAUGGUCUACAGCAUUCAUGGCUUACAUUAGACUUUAAAACAGUUUAUAGGAGCU